AUGAGCGUUCAAAAAGUAGAUAAUCCUCAAACUGAUGAUACUGUUGAUAGUACAGUUAAGAAUGUUUUAAAUAUAUCAUCAAGAGUAAAAGGUUUGCAUAAAUCUCAAGAUAACAACAAAAAAGAAGUUAUAGACAACAAUGUUGAGAGCGUUGUUAAGAAUCAUCUAAAUGGACAACCAAUACAAAUUGUUCCAUCGUUGAAUGAGGACGAAGAUAAGAGUACUCAAUCAAGUCCAUUCUAUGAUAAAGAAAAAGAUAUGAUAGAAGAUGGACUCAUCCAUGAGCAGUCAGCAAUUUUUGAUGAAUUCUUACCUAACGCAUCAGAUUUAGAACUUCUUAUCAAACAAUGUGGAGAAUUCGGAUGCUUUCAAUGGACACAUUUCUUUUUCUUAUUACUAUUAGCAACGUGUGGCGGAGCAUGCUCAUUCUAUUACGUGUUCGCAGUAGCUCUGCCACAAUAUCGUUGUCAAUUACCGAAUGCUGUAUGGCCGAAUGAUCAUUUUCAUCCCCAAAAUGAAACACACGCAAAUUUAAUUCAUCAAUGGAUACCGAAUAAUGAAUUUUCAAAUUGUUUUAUGUACACAUCAUCAUUUGACAAUCAUUUACCAAUUAAAUGUUUGAAUUGGACAUAUGAUCAAGGUACGUAUGGAUAUACAUUCACUGAAGAACAAAAUUUAGUUUGUUCUGAUGGACCAAAACGAAGUCUGAUAGCAGUAGCAAUGUCAUUUGGACUGACGUUUGUUAUUUUGACGGGAAGAUUGUCCGACAGUAUCGGGAGAAAAAAGACGGUAACUAUUGGCUUAAGUUUAUUUAUUGUGUUUUCAAUAAUUACACAAACAAUACUUCAACUACGAAUACUAAACGAAAAGUAUCAAUUUAUUCUAUUAUUCGUAAAUCAACUACUUACUGGCGUGACAUGUACCUAUUUCACAGCGGCAUACAUCUUAAUCAUGGAAUUAUCGACUUCGAAAUAUUCAAGUUGGGGUGCGUCAUUGUUCUUAAUUGGUUAUACCCUUGGUGAGAUUAUUGUAGCAUGUUUGGCUUGGAUAGUGAAAGAUUGGCUACUGUUGAAAUGGUCUAUUACAAUAUAUGCUGCUCUCAUCUCAUUACCAUAUUUCUAUUUUAUGCCCGAAUCACCGCGGUGGUUAUACGAUAAACAACGGUGGCCACAAUUACAACAACUUCUACGGCGUAUAGCAAAAGCUAAUGGGCGAAAAGAUGAAAUGUGGCUGUCAUCCUGUCCAACAGCUAAUAUUCCUAAAGAACGAUCUACUUCGAACACCGUAAGUAUUGCACAAGCAAAAUCGUGCACACAAGAACUUUAUUUAUUAUUUACGAAUCGCGGAGCUGUCAAACGUUUAUUUGUGUGCUGUCUCAUAAGUUUUAUUACAUUAUUAUUAUUUUUCAAAAUCGGUUAUGGUUUAGGAACGUUAAAAAUAAAUCCAUAUAUUUCAGUUAUUGUAGGCGCCGUGGUGGAGGCGCUUGGUUAUUUUACAGGCGGAUAUUUGAUCAAAAAAAUUGGUAGAAAAGCCACGUUAAUCAUAUUUCUCUCAAUAACAGCGAUAUGUAUAUUAACAACAAUACAUAUUAAUAAUAGAUGGAAUGUAUUUAUAAUCUCACAAUUAGGAAAAUUUACCAUAUCAGCAGCUGUAUUCAAUACUUGGGUUUGGACUCCGGAAUUACACCCAACACCGAUUCGUGGUACUGGUACGGCAAUUGUCGAAUCGAUGGGUCGAGUUGGAGCAUUGCUCGCGCCCGUUAUCGAUGCUACAAGUACAAGAAAAAGUCAUCAACAAAUCACAGCGUAUAUAUACUCCAUGAUGGCAGUCAUUGUUGCAAUACUUUCAUUUACAUUACCCGAAACCAAAGGCAGACCAUUACCCGAAUCAUUUGAGGAAAUUGAACAAUGGAAAAAGGAAAAAUCGGUUGUAGUCUCUCAUUAA